UUUUGAGAGAGUAGAACUGAGUCAAACUUCUGGAUGAGGGAACUGCAGCCCAGCAAGCCCAGCAAGGCUCAGGAGCAACACAAACCUGGACUGAAGUGAAGAGCCUGAAGCUCAGACAGGCUGACAGACAGGCAGAGGCUCAGCGUCUGCAGUGCUGCGGAUCCCAGACUGGACUCUAAUGGCCACAGCUUUGCUCAUUUCAGCAUGACUGGAUGUCUGGACGUGGCCCUGGACCAUCUCUCACUCUCCUUACAGUAGGCUGCAAAGGCAGAGGGACAAGAGGGACCACUUUGGAGCCAAAGGAAUCAAAGAUGGAGGAGGGAUACGAACUGGACCUCACCUAUGUGACGGAGCGCAUCAUCGCUGUGUCCUUCCCCCAGAGCUGUUCGGAGGAAACCUACCUGCACAAUCUGAAGGACGUCACGCGCAUGCUCAAGUCCAAACACGCUGAUAACUAUUUGGUGAUCAACCUGUCAGAAAAGAGACAUGACCUGACCAAGAUGAACCCUAAGACUCUGGACACAGGCUGGCCAGAUCUGCACGCUCCCCCACUGGACAAAAUCUGCACCAUCUGCAAGGCCAUGGAGAACUGGCUCAACGCUGACCCUCUGCAUGUGGUGGUCAUUCACUGCAGGGGAGGAAAAGGCAGGAUUGGAGUGGUCAUCUCUUCAUUUGUCCAUUUCACAGACAUCUCCGCCAGUGCAGACCAGGCGCUGGAUCGCUUUGCUAUGAGGAAGUUCUAUGAUGACAAAGUCUCUGCUUUGAUGACUCCAUCUCAGAAAAGAUACGUGUGGGUUCUGAACAGUCUCCUGAGCGGCACCAUGAAGAUGAAUGCCUCACCUCUCUUCCUGCACUGCAUCAUCCUCCACGGCAUCCCCAACUUCGACAACUCCGGAGUGUGUCGUCCCUACAUUAAGGUGUAUCAGGGGAUGCAGGCAGUCUACUCCUCAGGAGUCUAUCAUAUUGGACCUGGCCACAGACACAAGGUCUGCAUCGUCUUGGAGCCAGCGCAACUACUGAAGGGAGACAUAAUGGUGAAGUGUUUCCAUAAAGGCAGCCCAUCUCAACGAGAGAUCGUCUUCAGACUGCAGUUCCACACGGGUGCCGUGCAGGACUACAGCCUCAUGUUCGAGAAAGAGGACAUGGAACAUGCCAACAGAGAUCCCAGAUUUCCUGAUUAUGGAAAAGUGGAGCUGGUCUUCUCCGAGGGCCCAGAAAGGAUACAAGGGGCUGAACUCUGGCAGAAUGGGGCGGACGUGUCUGUAGACUACAGCGCCACAGAGUCCCUUACCAGAUGGGACUCCUACCAGGACAUCUGCAACGGGGAAGCUCCAUCCUUGCAGCCCCAGGUUUCAACCCUGGACAAAUUCUCCCCUAAACGUAGCCAGGGCGGCAGCGUCACCCUUGGCAGACCCACUCGCACCACCUCCGUCACUUCCAGUCCUGAGCACAGUGACCACGGCCUUUCAGCCAGCAGUGACUCAGGCCUUUCCAGCACCUCCCUGUGGACAGAGCGUGGCCCUGUGUCUGGCGGCAGGUCUGCAGGGCCGAGCCAGCAGGAAAAAGUUGAGCUGAAUCGUCUGCUGAGUGGCUUCGGGCUAGAUGAGCCACAAACGGAAGACUGCAUGGAGCCAAGCUCGACCUCUCAGGGAGCGCUCCACCACCAGACGGUGCACGCGAAUGGAAACAUCAGGCCCAAAGAUCGUGAGACUGACAUCCUGGACGAUGAAGUUAUGAUGUCAGGCCACGACUUGCGCAGUGUGGACAGUCUGGGCACUCUUUCUUCCUCAUAUCACAAGAGCAGCCAAAACUCACUCCUGUCUGAUGGUUUCUGCAGCCCUGGUGGAGGUGAAGAUGCGCCACAUCAUGUCCCAGCAACCAUGGAAGAAUAUGAGCGAGCCUGUGCCGAAGCACGGAGGAGUUGCCUUGCCAAGAGGACCGUGUCUCUUCCAGUCACCACCACCCCCAUCUUAGGUUCCAAGGUUCUGCAGUUUCGGCAGGGAAGCUACUCCACCCAGACCUGGGUCCGCCAACAGCAAAUGGUAGCAGCCCCCCAUUACUCCUACUUGCCUGAGGAGGGUGGAGUGGAAGAAAGCUUUCAUGGGGACAAGCAGGAGACUCUGCCCAAAAUGACCAACAACGAUAAGGCAGGCAGUAAUAGUCGCACUUCAAAUCCGAAGGAAUCUCUGAGUCAAGUCAGUGAGAAAAGUCAUGACGAGGAGUUUAACUCACUCACAGUGGACAUUGACAACUCCAUUGACCAGCUCAACCAGCUCAUCCUGGACCUGGAUCCUACCUUUGUGCCAAUCCCAACACGAACAAGCUCAGUCAAGAGAAAUGGAGGACCGGCGACUGCAGCUCAUAACAAUAACAGCAUGACCCUCCGACUCAAUGAGAACAACAGAAGCCAACAGCCAGCUGUCCCACCUACAGGGGAGAGUUUGCGCUCUCUGAGCCGGCAAGGCAGUGAAGUGAGUGACCACCCAGCACUGAGUGGACGAGCAGCCUGGCAAGUGGACCAGGAGUUUGGGGAAAGACUGACGUACACUCGCAGCAUUCCUCCAGGACAGCGUCCUCCUCUAUACAGAGCAGACAGUGUGGAGUACAGGGGCCCCGGUGCUGGGCUGGACUCAGGAGUUGACACAGGCAGUGACAUCACUCCUCCCACACCCGCCUUCCCCGUCUCACCCCCCACGCCUUAUGUGAAGAACAUGCCGGACCUUUCGCACUUCGCUCCAACUCCAACUCCAAGCAUGCCGCUCUUCGGGGCCUAUAGGACAGAGCAUGAUAUGAGAGCUUAUGCAGAUAUUAUGGGGCAUGAUGAAGGCAUAGUGAACACCUCCCACAGACCCUUCGCCCGCUCUAUUACCACAGGAGGAAUGAUCACUCUCACAGACAGCUCAUCUCAGUCUUCCUGCUCAGAGGGGGCGCUGUUAAGUCGCCACUUCUCCAUCAACAACCAGCGCUCUGGCACAGUGGAGUUCAGCCAGAACUCGCCUCCCUCCCACCAUCCCCACUCACACCCACACCCGGCCCCCAACGCUCACAGCUCCCCGCGGGGCAUCCAGAGAACCAGGGCGGCCCAGUACUCCCUGAGCCGCAGCCCAGUGCUGAGCGAGCCGGAUGGUUUCUCGCCUCCGUCAGAGGCCUCAGGUUUAGUACCAGAGGGCGACGGUCUGAACUACCAGUUCCAGCAGCCCCCACUGCCCGAGAAACGAAGGACGUCCGACUGCGAGCGCUCUCUAGGCUCCGUCUCCCCCGCACCCAGCGGCUUCUCCAGCCCCCACAGCGGAAGCUCUCUGAGUAUACCGUUCCCCAACGUGCUGCCUGAACUGCAGGGCAGGUCCAGUGUUGGCCCUCCAUCCCCGCUACCAGAUGUGCUGGCAGGCAAACAGGUAACAGUGAAGUUUGUCCAGGACACUUCCAAAUACUGGUACAAACCGGACAUCUCGAGGGAUCAAGCCAUCAUCGUGCUGAAGGACAAAGAGCCCGGCUGCUUCAUCGUGCGGGACAGCCACUCCUUCAGAGGCGCGUACGGAUUGGCCAUGAAGGUGGCCACGCCCCCUCCCUCAGUCCUGCAGCAGAGCAAGAAGGGAGGAGACAUGUCCAAUGAGCUGGUGCGUCAUUUCCUCAUCGAGUGUACACCCAAAGGAGUUCGACUGAAGGGAUGUCCCAAUGAGCCUUACUUUGGUAGCCUGACAGCGUUGGUUUAUCAGCACUCCAUAACUCCACUGGCUCUGCCAUGCAAACUCAUCAUUCCAGACAGAGAUCCUCUAGAGGACGCUGUGGAGACAUCCUCACAGUCCAUCACCAACUCAGCAGCUGAGCUUCUGAAGCAGGGAGCAGCGUGUAAUGUGUGGUUCCUGGGCUCGGUGGAGAUGGAGUCUCUGACAGGUUUCCAGGCUGUGCAGAAAGCCACCACAGACGUCCUGAGCCUGGAGUCUCUGCCCACGUCCACCGUCGUCCACUUUAAAGUGUCCUCGCAGGGCAUCACUCUUACAGACAACCAGAGGAAGCUGUUCUUCAGAAGACACUACGCGGUCAGCAGCGUUAUAUUCUGCGCUCUGGACCCUCAGGAGAGAAAGUGGAAGAGGGACGGAUACCCUUCAGCCAAGAUCUUUGGCUUUGUGGCCAGGAAAUCGGGCAGUGCCAUGGACAACGUGUGCCAUCUGUUCGCCGAGCACGACCCCGAGCAGCCGGCCAGUGCCAUCGUCAACUUCGUCUCUAAGGUGAUGAUCGGCUCCCAGAAAAACGCCUGAUUGUUCUGCCAAGACGCCCAGCGGCCAAAUGGACCAGCGUGCGCCUUUGCAUGUUACUGCCAAACUUCACUACCCAACAAAGGAUGACAUCCCAGCGUACACAUCACACGAGCGUUCGGCUCCAGAAUGAUUACAGCGGAUGCCACGUCAAAACACUCCUUUGACUCGCAAAUAACGACAUUUGGCAGACGACUCACACUUUGAUCAUGUUACACAGGUAGGCGAAGGUGGUGUUAGGAGUCUUGCCCAAGGACUCUUACUGGUAUAGUGUAGGGUGUUUACCCACGUGGGGGAUUGAACCCCAGCCUAUAGAAUAGAACGCGGAGGUGAUCCACUACACUACACCAAUCACAAAUCAUAUCACAAUGCCCAGUGAACACUCAUUUGACUCUCAAGUGAUGACAACACUGUGUAUAUCGCAUGAACACUCGCUUGACUCCCAUAUGAUGGCGUCACUUUGAAAGGGCCUGAGCAGCCGCUUCUAUAAAAGACUCUGAAAAGUGCCUCGAAUGAACGAAGCUGAGAAGAGAAAGGACUUUGCUUUCCGCUGAGCGAACCCUCUCGGCUGUAUAAGGAGCAGAAAGCGAAAGGUCAUGUAUAUUGUAAAUGUAUGUACUGCUGUGUAACCAAACUUUGUAUUUAUUGUUUUUCUUUCCUGAAUAUUCCAUAUUAUAUGUUUUUGAUUUCACUUCGUCUGGUGAAAUUCAGA